UCGGAUUACACCCAAAAUCAAAGAUGGCGGCAAUGGCGGCUAACAUCGAGAGAAUUCAGCAGCAAAUGCAGUCAGAACUGGAGAAGUUUAAAGCCAUUCAGAAAGAUAUGACAAAAUUGGUCAGUACAAGACAGCAGUUAGAUGCUCAGCUGAAUGAGAAUAAAGUUGUACAAGAGGAACUUGAUGUAAUAGAACCUGAUGGGAACGUCUAUAAACUCAUGGGCCCUGUUCUAGUGAAACAAGAUUUGGAAGAAGCGAAACAAACUGUUUUAAAAAGAAUAGAGUACAUCACUGCAGAAAUAAAAAGAAACGAUGUUAACAUCAAAGAUGUGGAAAAGAAGCGAGGUGCCAGUCAAGAGAUACUCACUAAGCUACAACAGCAAUAUCAACAGCUACUUACCAAAGCUGCUGCUAAAGCGUAAUGGACUGAUUUAAAAGAACAUUUAUAUUUUGUAUUUAUUUCAAAGAAGCAAAACUGUUAGACUUGGAGAUAUAUGUGUCUUGUAAAGAAGAAUUUGUUGUCAGUCUGACAAUCAAAGUGUCAGAAAAUCUUGAGCACACAAAAUCUCCUUGAACACUGUUUUUCCAAAACUACAUAUACUGAUUUUCUACAUUUCGAUUUUUAAUUUUUUUGGAAUAGCCUGUUUUUUUGACAACUCACGGUGGAGUUGAAUCACUUCAUGUACUAGUUCAAAUUUGUUUGAAGUUUAAAGUGCUUUGUUGAUUUUCAAUGCACAGCACAAAUAGGUUAUUAUUUUGUGAUACCGCACGAAAUCUCUGAAACGGAGUCAAAAAGCAGUAGUUUUAGGUCACUAAGGCGUUAUUUUAAAUACAUAUUCUUUUGGUCGGAUGAAUCAACUUGACUCCCUCAUAUGUCAAAACUGGGUGAUUUCCUUAAAAAUAAAAAAAUAUAUCUUUAACCAAGAGGCAACC